AUGAGGGGCACGACGGUGGUUGGCACGAGGCUGCAUUGGCAGAGCCACACGCAGCACGAGCGGAUCGACGUGGAGAAGCUGCUGCGUCAGCUGCGCGAGUUUUGCGCGCGUGCCGCGACCUACGCGGAUGGCGGGAUCCUCAUCGCCGUGGGACUUCCGGCCGCGACCUCCGCUACGAUCACGGGAGCGCCGCCAGCGCCUUCUUCUCGCAGCGUCGACUCGAUCUCGCCCACUUCCUCCAAAGCUACCAGCGUCUUUGUUGAUUCGGUGCGGGAGUUCAUGACGGAGCUGCAGAGCGAGGUGGCCUCGGGUGCUAUUGCCGGCAAGGUGGAAAUCAUUCCAAUGCUCUACUGGGGGAAGUUCGUGCCGGCGUUGAAUGCUCUCGUUGGUACUGCGGCUGAUCACUUCCCGGAGGCCGACACACUGCUGUUGCAGUCUUUAGAGAUCGAGGUUGACGCGGCUGGGGUGGCGUUGCUACGCUCGAACUUCGACCCGGAGCACGAUCUCGUCGUGGGCACGGUACUGCCCGGCCACACCUUCCAGCCGGAUCCAGCGAUGCAGCCGCUGGAACUGAGCGGGCUGACGUCGCCCUGGAACACGCUGGCGCUGUGGAACCUGCAGCAACUGACCAAGAUUGGCUUCGCGCUCAUGGGCGACGCAUAUCGUCUGCAUGUUGAAGGCGUCGGGCCCGCCGGCGGAGAUGAAGAAGUGUCGACCAUCUCCAUGUACCAGCAGCUCUUCGCCAACACGCCAGCCGCACCCACAAGGGCCAAGCUCAUCCGAGUGCCCGGAGUCGUCUGGCAGGUGGCCGACUUCAAGGACCCGGAGCGCGUGGCCUGGCACACGAUGAAAAUGCGCAGCAAGAAGCAGCGCACGGCGGCGCAGAUGACCAACUUCGGCGGCGUGGCUCCAGGCCGCGUGUACCACAUAGAGCCCCGCAAGUAG